AUGGCUAGUUUAUUUCGAACUUGUAUUCUACGUUCUGCUAGGGCAGCAGCAACUUUUACAGGUCCACUGAAAAGUUCUUUUGGACAAGCGACCCCCAUAACAACAAGCUUUAAAAGCCUAAGCUUUAUCUCUUCUCCAUGCACGCGUCUAAUAUUAAAUAAUUAUACUCGUUCGUUUUCUACGACUAGCAUUCGUUCUUUGAGUAGAGUAUUGCUUCCACUCGGAAAUAAAACGCGAUUUAAAGUUGACCAGAAUCUGGCAGAACAACUGGCCUAUGAAAUAAAAACCGAAACCGAAAGCUCGUCGUAUACUCCUGAUACGCCUGACUUUAUAAAAGAAUUCUUGAACCGACAAACUUUUAAAAUUGAGGAUAAGGCAGGACACGAUGAGGUUGCUAUAACGCGAACUUUUGGAAAUGAAACACUUCGAUUACUUUUCUCAGUUUCUGAAGUCACAUCAUCCGAAUCUUCAAGUGAUUCGUUUUCUGACGAGGAUGACUAUGACAGCGACGGAGAUGAUUCUGUGAGUGAUGAAAAUGCAGAAGAUGAGGAUGAUGAUUUAUCCGAAGGCACUUUUCCCAUAAGAUGUGUUCUCACGCAAGCCAAAGGAGCAUUGGCUUUUGAGUUGACAUGUGAAGACGGGGUGUUUAUUAUUGACAGCAUCUCAUAUUACAAAGACGGAAAUUUGGCCAAUGAUUUAACAGUGGAAGGAGAUUGGCAAAGGAGAAGAUUGUACUUGGGUCCACGAUUCGAGAAUCUCGAUAAUGAGGUUCAAAUUUUAUUUGAACGAUACUUGGAAGAACGAGGAAUCGAUACUUCUCUCGCCCUAUUCAUCCCUAACUAUGUUGACUAUAAGGAACAAAAAGAAUAUCUUGGGUGGCUACAUAAUGUAAAGAAAUUUGUGGAAGCUUAA